AUGAUAACGUUCAGCUCAGUGACGCAUCUCUGCUUUUCAUUUAUUUUGUCGAAAAAUGAUGAUAGGCUGCAAUGUUAUGAACUUGAAUUGGAGAACUGUUUCCGCGAAGCGUUUCUGGUAAGUUAUGGCGUUAUUCAGGAUGUGAAAAAAAAAAUAAUUUUUCCGUUUUUUUUUACAAAAAUUCCAAUUCAGCGAUGUAAAAAAACGAAAACAAACGCUGAAUAGCCCCAUUAUUAUAGGGGCACCGGACAGAAAGGGCGCGCUGUUCGCAAUCUGGCCGAAUUUCUAGGCCGCGAAGUAAUUUUCCACUGAAAAUGUGGCCUAAUUUUUCUAACUCGGCCUCGAGGUCGCUCAAUUUGCACUGCAAAAAGAGUUUCUCAACAGAGCGCCAUUUCUGUUCGGUGCCCCUAUAAUAUAUCUCGUUACUAACAUUUUAUCAAAGAGUUCUGAAUAUAUCAUUCCACUCACGGCGAACAUUUGUGCACAUGCUCGACCUCGUUUGUUUCGCUCCUUAAAAAAUACUAUACCCCUUAAAGCACGCUAGUGAGCCGCUACGCAGUGACAAAAGACGGGCCAGAAAUUCAAACCAUGUUCAGAAAUGUUCGCCGUGCAAUUUACCAGUUCGAGAGCGGUCUGGUUAGGGAUAGUUCGGAAAUGGGGCUUUUGAAAAUAAAAGUCGUUCAGUCCGCAACGCAUCCACUGAUUCUACAAAAACGUUCUGCUUUUCUAUGGAAUAACGAAAGUCACAGGAUAAUUGAGAAAGUUCUCGAUAAGAAAAAACGUAAGUGUCUGAACUUUACUUAAUUUACCGCUCUUGACCCCUCGCUGCUUGCGUACUCAAGCCUAAUUUUAGAAAUUUUGGCUUGAGUCUGCAAUCACCAAAGGGCUAUGGCGAUGAAUUGAGUUUAUCACGAUAAUUUUUUCCAUACGUUUAGUAAAGCGAUCUAACCCUGUUUUCUAGAUGUUCGCCAGCUGAAGAUAUGUCAUGAUGUGAGGAAAUUCUCAUCCUGUUUCAUAUAUCCAGGAUGUUCCGACCAACAAGCAGCGAAUGUUUCUAAGAAUAACUUUCUUAUCCACUUUUUAAUUUUCAGAUUGCUUCUGUACAGUAUCACAUGGUUUUCGGAAAGAAGCUUCCAAUGCACGUAUUCCUUGCUUAUCGAGGAUACGGUAGAGAAGUAGGUUGCUUCAAAAAGAAUCUCUCGAAUAGCAAACGUUCAGUUGUGUGAGCAACAGUGUUCACAAGAUGUGUUCCAACAUUGCAAGAAGAAAAUGAGUCAUGACGAACAAAAAGAAGAGGAAGAUUUCCUUUUCGAAAUAUCAUCUAUCAUUGUGCAUAUUUUACCAAAUCGUGACACAAUGAUUGCGUGUAGUCGGUUCAAUCAACUAUUAGCUAAUGUAUUGACUAACACUUUUAAAACUAUUCUUUAAAACUUAAAAAUGUUCAGCUGAUGCGGCUCCGGAGGGUGCAUUGCGAUGACAUAGCGAGAUGUACAUGUACGGAUGUUUCUAUACAACAGGUGAAUUUGUUAAAAUUUAGUCCAUAUAACUCAUUCUCUGUAAAACUUGAGCAUUAUUAUGAAGGGUAAGGACAUCGAAUCUGCAUAACAGCUAAAGUUUAGAUUUUUAAUGGGCUUUGUAUAGGGAUGCUGUGUUUCUGAUAUCUUCCACCGCGUUGGUAAGGAAGAGUAGGAACAGACAAGAGUUCAGCUAUAGGUUUAUUCAGCGAGAGAAAAACCUUAGCUGGGUAAGCAGCUAUAGAAUGUAUAGAAUAGAAUUGAGGGUUCGUCCUCAGAGGGAGGGUGACACGAAUGAUGACAAAUGAACGAGAAUAAUACAUAACCUAGCGGGUAGAUCACAGGUAGAUCACUUAGCGUUAUCCUACACUUAUCAUACGUCUAGAAUGACGUAACAAGGGACUAUAUAGACUAGUAGGCGCGUGCUAUCAACGUACAGGAAACACAUUUCUAAAUACUUUCAUCAAAAAGCUUUUUCUAAAAAUUGGAAAAAUUGACUGAGUUGCGAAAAAUCGCACCUUCUCAAUUUCGCUAUUUCAAAAAAAAAAUACAAAAGCUAAUUCUAAGCAGAUCUGCUGAUGUGCCACCAAAUCUUACUAUGUCCCUCAUUGCUCGAGUUUUACAAGUACGCGUUUUGGCGGUACAACAUAAUAGAACUGGACAGAAUAGAACCACGACAUAAUAGAACUGCGCAGAAUAGAACCGCAACACAAUAGAACCGCGACAUAAUAGAACCGCGACACAAUAGAACCUAUUGGAGCGCAUUUCUGUAGUAUAAUCGUUUUCUGAAGUAAGAUCGUUUUUGAAGUUCGCUAUCGAAUUAUUGAAUCGAAAUAUAGGCAAUUCCUCACAUUUAAAAACAAAAUGCUAACGCGCGCCACCGAAAAACAGUUCUAAAUAUUCUGUCGCAGUUCUCUUCUGCGCAGUUCUAUUAUGUCGCGGUUCUAUUGUAUCGCGGUUCUAUUCUCCGCAGUUCUAUUCCACGCAGUUCUAUGGUGUCGCAGUUCUAUUUUGUCACAGUUCUAUUAUGUCGCAGUUCUAUUAUGUUCUACCGCCCGCGUUUUAUUUCUCAAAUUUUAUUUUUAAGGGCGUUGACGGUUGCAAUUCUGGAUGUGAACACCUACUUCAUAUGAAUCUGGACAAGAUUAUCUCAAAUUCAAAGCAAACUGGUUCUUUUUCAACUCUGUAUUCUUUAUACAUGUGUUGGUUCUUCAUUGCAUUUUCCCGAUUUACGGGGUCGUGGCGGGUUACAUAA